AUGGCUCGGAAGAUGAGCAUCAACGAGCUGGAGAACCAGCUGCUGUGUCCCAUCUGCCUGGAGGUCUUCAAGGAGCCCCUGAUGCUGCAGUGUGGACAUUCGUACUGCAAGUCCUGCGUGGUGUCCCUCUCGGGAGAGCUGGAGGGGCAGCUCCUGUGCCCCGUGUGCCGCCAGAGGGUGGACUGCAGCUCCUCGCCACCCAACGUCACGCUGGCCCGUGUCAUCGAGGCGCUGCAGAGCUGGGGUGAGGCAGAGCCCACCCCAGAGUCCUGCCCAACACAUCACAACCCCCUCAGCCUCUUCUGCGAGGCCGACCAGGAGCUGAUCUGCGGGCUGUGCGGCACCAUCGGCACCCACCGCCAGCACGAGAUCACCCCCAUCUCCACGGCCUUCUGCCGGAUGAAGGAGGAGCUCUCAGUGCUACUGACUGAUGUCCGGCAGUACAAGAGGAACCUGGAUGAACACUUCAGCAAGCUCAUCAACAACAAAAGCCGCAUCACAAACGAGGCAGAUGUCUUCAAGUGGGUGAUCCGGAAGGAGUUCCAGGAGCUGCACAGGUACAUCGACGAGGAGAAGGCUACCUUCCUGGAGAGCAUUGAGGGGAAGGCAGCCCAGCUCAUCACCUCCAUUGAGUCCCAGGUCAAGCAGACAUCGGAUGCCCUGCAGAGGCUUCAGGAGAUGCAGAGCUCUCUGGAGGCCCUCAGCAAUGAAAGCCAACUUGAUUUCAUCCGGAAAUACGGCUCCUCCCACUUCAGGGCCGAGCUCCCCAGCCUGCACCCCGGAGACGGCGACAGCCCCUGUGGGGUGGCUGGCCAUGUCUCAGGCUGGCAGGAGCCUGCUCUGGCACAGCAGUCCUGCUGCAGCCUGUCUGCUUUCCUUCUAGCUCCAGAGAUGCUGAAGCUGGACCCAGUGACAGCUCAUCCCCUCCUGGAGCUCUUCAAGGGGGACACGGUGGUGCAGUGCGGGCUCUACCAGCGCCGGGACAGCAACCCCAAGCGUUUCGACUCCAGCAACUGCAUCCUGACCUGCAAGGGCUUCUCCUGCGGCCAGCACUACUGGGAGGUGAUCGUGGGCUCCAGGAGCCACUGGCGCGUGGGCGUCAUCAAGGGCACGGUCAGCCGCAAAGGGAAGCUCAGCAAGUGUCCUGAGAACGGCGUGUGGCUCAUCGGGCUGAAGGACGGGAAGGUGUACGAGGCUUUCAGCAGCCCGCGGGCCACCCUGCCGCUCAGCGCGCGGCCCCGCCGCGUCGGCAUCUACCUGCACUACGAGCGGGGCGAGCUCACCGGGCAGGGUGGGCGCCCUGUGUUGCUGGCAGUCUGGGGGUUGUGUCUGACCCGGGCGGCUCCCCCAGCCUCCCAGGUGCCGCGCUACGUCCGAGUCAACACCCUGAAGACUUGUGUGGAUGAUGUGAUUGACUUCUUCAAGCGCCAGGGAUACUCCUACCUGGGCAAGGCAGGAAGUGUGGAGGAACUGAGGGACCUCGCCGGGAAGAAAUUCUUUCUGGAUCUUCACCUCCCGGAGCUGCUGGUUUUCCCCCCGCAGACGGACUUCCACAGCAACCUGCUGUACACUUCAGGACACAUAAUCCUGCAGGACAAGGCCAGCUGCCUCCCUGCCUUCCUGCUCGACCCCGCUGCAGGUUCCCACGUCAUCGAUGCCUGUGCUGCCCCUGGGAACAAGACCAGCCACUUGGCUGGCCUCCUGAGGAACAAGGCUGGGGGGAUCUUUGCCUUUGACGUGGACACCAAGCGCCUGGCCACCAUGAACACCCUGCUGAUGCGGGCAGGGGUCACGGGCUUCCAGCUGGCCCAGCAGGACUUCCUGACAGUGGAUCCCAGAGACCCCAAGUACAGCAAGGUGACCCAUAUCCUCCUCGACCCGUCCUGCAGCGGCUCAGGGAUGGUGACCCGGCUGCCGCCCGAGGAGGCUGCCCCGAGCCCCGAGCGCCUGCAGGCCCUGGCCGGCUUCCAGCGCAGGGUCCUGAGCCAUGCCCUGAGCUUCCCGGCUCUGCGGCGCCUGGUCUACUCGACCUGCUCGCUGCACCGGGAGGAGAACGAGGACGUGGUGCAGGCUGUGCUGCAGGAGCAGGGCUCAGCCUUCAGGCUGGUGAACGCCUUCCCCUCCUGGCCCUGUCGAGGACUGGCUGCCUUCCCUGGGGCCGAGUGCUGCCUCCGCGCCUCCCCCGCAGACACCCUCACCCAGGGCUUCUUCGUGGCCGUGCUGGAGCCAUGUGGGGAAGGGGCUGCUGCCCCCAGCUCCCUGCUGGCAGCAGCCAAGGACAGCCUGCAGCACAGAGAGUCGAUGGAACCAGCAGCAGCUCCCAAGAAGAGGAAGAGGAAAAAGAAGCAGGUGAAGGAGUGA